CGCUGAGCGGCAGCACUGCACCUCCAACACUGUUUCCACCUCUGAGCAAAUCUCUGCCUAUCGUCUCUACUUUGCCACUGAGCGCUGACUCGUUCUCAUCGGUACAUGCAACUGAUACAACUCUCAACACACGACACGACCCGGGAACUCUGUCUCACGCGCGGCGACCGUCUCACGUUGUUUCCUCGAGGCGCUUGCUUCGCGGUGAUCUUCGCUCUCCGGUUUCCAAAAGUUUCGGUUGUCGGGAUAAAAGGACAGCUAAACCUUCCGAGGGAUUUUUUAAAACAACGUGGAGGACCAUCGAGGAUGAGCCGCCAGUGAGAGGGACCCCCCCCCCAGUUCUACUAGAGUGUCGACAGCGCAAAAGUUUGCACCAUUCUGCCCAUACCGUUCACCCCGUCUCUCUUCUCUCCACCCCUCCCCCACACCCCUCUACUCUCGCCCCUCACCCCCCCUCUACCCAACCCCAGCCCAAUCUCCAAAAUGGACUUGCAUCGGGCAGCUUUCAAAAUGGAGAGCUCCUCCUAUCUGCCCAACCCAUUAGCAUCCCCUGCGCUAAUGGUGCUAGCAUCGACGGCUGAGGCUAGUCGCGAUGCCUCCAUCCCCUGCCAACAGCCUCGUCCAUUCGGUGUGCCAGUGUCUGUAGAGAAGGACGUUCACCUGCCCUUCAACAAUGGUUCCUAUACGUUUGCCUCCAUGUACCACCGACAGGGCGCCGUACCUCCAGGCUUCCCCAACAGGGACUUUCCUCCUUCCCUUCUACACCUCCAUCAUCAGUUUGCACCACCCAAUCUGGACUGCUCCCCCAUAAGCAUGCUCAACCACAGUGGCGUCGGGGCCUUCCGGCCAUUCGCUUCUCCUCCGGAGGAUCGGGAUGGAGCGGGUGGUGGAUACCAGUCUGCCUUCACCCCUGCCAAGAGGCUUAAGGGCUGCCUGGAGGCCGAGGCGUCCCCACACUUGCGCUACUCAGAUGCAGAAGGGAAAGAAUAUGACUUUGGUGGUGCUCAGAUCCCAUCCAGCUCGCCCAGUGCUCUCAAAGCUGUGGAAGACGCAGGGAAGAAGAUCUUCGCAGUGUCAGGUCUGCUGUCAGAUCGAGAAACCUCUUCCAGCCCAGAGGAUCGCAUUGAACGCUGUAAGAAGAAAGUGUCACUCUAUGACAGUCAGGCGCCCAUCUGCCCCAUCUGUCAGGUUCUUUUGCGUCCGGGCGAACUACAGGAGCACAUGGAGCAGGAGAUGGAGAGGCUCACCCACAUGCACAUCAGCAAGAACCCAUCACACAAGGACAUCAAUGUGGCUCCAGGCACACCGAAGUCUCUCCUGUUGUCAGUGCACAUCAAACGUGAGGGCGAGUCUCCAGUUGUGUCCCCGCUCUCUUCUGAUGAAGCUCACCAUUCUGACAGAUACCAGACGUUUUUACGAGUGCGAGCUAACAGGCAAACACGAUUGAAUGUCGAUGACCUCUGCUGGUGCAGGCGCUACGCCAAGGAAAGUUUCAAAAGUCCCCCAAUCCCAGUGCCCAGAGGAGUGCCCCUAGCCCCUUGCUGCCUGCGGCAUGCCCGGAUUGGAAAAAUGAAGCGCCGGAAGCCUGAGGAUGGACAGGUAUGUCCACUGUGCAGCGCCCCGCUGGCAGGGACAGAGGAGGAAAUGAGUAGGCAUGUGGAACAAUGUCUGUUCAAGAGGGAAGGUGCAACAGAGGAGGAUUCUGCAGAUGUUGAAGGAGAGAACGGAACGCGGUUUGAAGAGUACGAGUGGUGCGGACAAAAGAGGGUCAGAGCUACUACAUUACUGGAAGGUGGUUUCAGAGGAACAGGCUUUGCCAUGUGUAGCACGAAGGAGAGCCAUGACAGUGACGCUGACCUGGAUGUGGAUGGAGAUGACACACUGGAGUAUGGCAAAGCCCAGUACACUGAAGCAGACAUCAUUCCUUGCUCUGGAGAGGACCAGGGAGAGGCCAAAGAACGUGAGGCACUGCGCGGAGCCGUUUUGAAUGGUGGCGUGCCAUCCAAUAGAAUAACACCUGAGUUUUCCAAGUGGGCCAGUGAUGAAAUGCCUUCCACAAGUAAUGGCGAGAGCAGCAAACAAGAGCCCAGCUCUUCAUCUUCGUCUUCCACACAGAGAACCUGUAAAAACAGCGAGAUAGAGAAGAUCACAGAGGACUCGACAGCGACCACACUGGAGGCGCUAAAGGCCCGCAUAAGAGAACUGGAGAAGCAGAUCCUCAGAGGAGACCGAUACAAGUGUCUCAUAUGCAUGCGGAAGCCGACCCAAACAGGGGCGGACGGCAAGAAUCAGGCGGCUGAGAGGCACGGGAGUGCAGAGGCCUUGCAGCUCGGCGUGUACUGUUUGUACAGAGGCUACGUUACAGGCUGCAGCACCGCCACUGCGGGCAGCAGUGGGAUUAAGAAGCUGCUGCCACUCCGGAGGGACUCGUAUACAAUGCCACUCACCUCUAUCCAAUGUUGGCACGUGCACUGUGAAGAAUGCUGGCUAAGGACUCUGGGAAACAAGAAACUCUGCCCACAAUGCAACACCAUCACGUCACCAGGGGACCUCAGGCGUGUCUAUUUGUGAACAAAACAGCCCGGAUUCUUUUAGUUUCGUUUUACUCUUCAUUUCCAUUUUGCGCUAGUGUUUUCGGUUUCCCCUUUGUCUGAGAGAGUGAAAUAUCGUCCGCCUUCUGACCAUGUGAGGCACAGACUCAAACUGACUUUAAACGGGGACUUCACAAGCAAAGGACUAACGAGAACCGCGUAGACUCCGUUCUCUAAAAAUGCUUGUCUAAAGAGCCCCUUGCCUCUCUCUUGUGUUGGCCCAUGGUCCACCCUCUCCAAAGUCAGAAUGGUUCCUUCAAGAGGAGCUUGUUCUUCUCUGAAGGAAAGAGUAUUCAUUCUGUCCCUCCAUUAGCACUGCUGCUGCUCUGUCUCUCACUUUUCGCACCCUGUGGCAAGUUUUUCACCAAGACAGCUGAAGUCAACUCGACUUUAAGAAGAAGAAGAGACUUUAAGGACCACCCGAUGCUCUCCGGAUGCCCUCGAUCUCUCCAUUGUGUUCUCGUUCACCCCAAAUCAUGACUUCUUUUGUGGUGUUCUAGUGAUGUCAACCAAAUUCAAUGAACCAGUGCAAGCACAUGUAUAAUAGUCUCUGUAUGUUUACAGUGUUGUGAGUAAAUGACAUAGAGAACAAAACACACUUGUAUACACGCACACAUACACACUCAUACGGACACACACACACACAUACAGAAGUAUAUAUUGAAUAAAAGUCCAGUUUUAGUUGGGUCGGGAGGGAGGGAGGGCAUAUGUUUCAAUCUUGGUGAAUUAAAAAAGCAGAAAAAAAAACAGAAAAGAAAAGCAAACCCUCUGUAUUUUUAAAGCAGAUGUUGUUGUCUUGAAGUUGAAGUUGUAUUUCAUUGUACAGGAAGAAAUUUAAGUAAUAAUAAUAAUAAACUACUCGAACUAGGACUUAAAAGAUUUAGGUGUACAUUUUUCAUUGAGAUAUACAGUAAAAACUGUAGAUUUAAUCCUGAAACAAGGGAAAGUAUCUUUCUUUGCUUUUUUUCUAAAAAAUGGAAAGAUUUGCUCUCGUUUUUCAGCGUUUUUGAACUUAAUGCUGAAUAUGCCGUCUGUCUGUUACAAACAACUGAACUGACUGCUCAUUCAUUCCAUAGAAAAUGCAGUAUUACGACCCCUGAUCGGUUUAUUCUCAGUUUAUUCCCUCUUAAAGGGGCUUUUAUAAAAACUCCAAACACUUAGGGUGGUCUCAUUUACAAGUUACGUUCAGAUUUCCUCUCCGAGAUAUGAAGAACAUGCAGAUUUCUUCUCAGAGAAUGAACUGGAAGAGUCAAGACUCAUUUCCCUGACUGACUGACAGCUCACAUUUCCCCUAGGAGUGAGACAGUGUGCUUUAUAUUUGUACAUCUGUGUAUUCUGUGAUUUCUGUAUUGAUGUAAGCGCAAAAAAAGGAAGAAAUGAAAGGUCAUUGCUGAUCCCGACACCACAAUAAACAGUCAAAUGUUG